UUUCAUGACGUUAUCCAGUAGACGUUCAAACAGGAAGUAGUUUGUGCUUGGCGCACAUUUAGGAAAAUUGCUUUACAGUUGGAUUAUUUGCAUUGGGGUUAAAUACAAUGUAUAUAUAUCCACGAAAUAGACCAACCAAUUUAAAUACAAACAUUUAGUGUUGUCAUAUUCCGUAAGGGCCGACCUUCAAGGAGACACGUCGUGUGGACGCGCGAAAAACAGAUGUGUUUUUGAAAUGAAAUAGACUGUCAAAACUCAAUGGAGGCACAGAAAGAGUCUGACAAAAAUAAAACUGCAGCGUCUGAAAAAGACCAAGAAGAACAGUGUUGCUCUAAUACCUCUAAUAAAAAUGAGGUGCAGGAGCCUUCCUCCCCAAAUCAUGGAGAUUUCAGCGAUCCGGUAUACAAGGAGAUCGCAGUGGCAAACGGCACCAUCAAUAGAAUGAGCAGAGAUGAGCUGCGUGCCAAAUGUGCCGAGUUAAAGCUUGACACCCGGGGUGUUAAGGAUGUGCUGAAGAAACGCCUCAAAAACUACUACAAAAAGCAAAAACUGAUGCAUUUGGCUGCUGCAGGAGCAAACGGUGAUCAGUAUUUUGACUUCAUCUGUGUAGUGGACUUCGAGGCCACAUGUGAGGAGAGUAACCCAACUGACUACAACCAUGAAAUAAUCGAGUUCCCCAUGGUUUUGAUUGACACACGCAGCUUGGAGAUUGUAGAUUCAUUUCAAGAGUAUGUGAAGCCUGAAGUAAACCCACAACUUUCAGAUUUUUGCGUGAAACUUACUGGAAUCACACAGAAAUUGGUGGAUGAGGCGGGUACAUUUCAUGCAGUUCUCAAGCGAGCAGUUUCUUGGCUGCAGGAGAAGGAACUUGGCACAAAGUAUAAAUAUAUGUUUUUGACAGAUGGGUCAUGGGACAUGGGAAAAUUUCUUUAUACUCAAUGUAAAUUGAGUGGCAUCAGAUACCCACAGUUUGCCAGAAAAUGGAUCAAUAUCAGAAAAUCCUAUGGAAAUUUUUAUAAGGUUGCUCGUAAUCAGACUAAACUUAUCUGCAUGCUUGAGAAUCUUGGCAUGCAGUAUGAAGGUCGUCCCCACUGUGGUCUAGAUGACUCCCGCAACAUUGCUAGAAUUGCUAUUCACAUGCUAAAGGACGGCUGUCAGCUCCGGGUCAAUGAGUGCUUACAUUCUGGGGAGCCACGGAGUGUGCCCAUAUCUGCCUCUUUUGAAGGAGCACCAGCACCUCAAAAUCCCAAGAACAGAGACUGAAAUGAAAAUCAAAAGGAUUCUCCAAAAACAACAUUUUAGUUUCUAGAUGUGGCCAAACUUGAAAGCACGUCUUUGUGUGACCAAAUCUCAAUGUUGAUUUGAAACCUAGUGCAUUAUUCAGCUUUAGUAAAAACUGCUUUAUGUACACCACAUAACUGGGGCAGACCAGUAAUAUACUGCUUUCAUUUGUGAUAAUAAUCUUAGCUGUAAAAGUUCAUAUCAUAGCAUGGUUAGGGUUAGGUUCAGGAGAGUGGUGCUGUGCUUUCACCCUUACAGUGAGUUAUAUACUAUGUACUACUGUAUACUGAAAUUUGCUCUGGAGGAACUUGAAAUGCACAGAGGUUGUGGAAAAACAAGUAACAUAAUUGGUGUUUUCAAGAUGGUCAAUAAUUGCACAUUUAUUUUCUUCCCUGUUGCAUAUUCACAGAGAACUAAAAGCUCAAUUUGUAUUUUAUUGUCAAUAAACAAAAUGUUUAUGUCUUUA